UUUCAGAUAACCGAAAUGGCGACUGUUGAGACUAAAUUGAGCAUGAAGCUUUUGAUUGACACCAAAGCUAAUAAAGUUCUAUUUGCUGAGGUUGAUAAGGAUUGUGUUGAUUUCCUCUUUCAUCUUCUUUCAUUGUCAGUGGGCACUCUCAUUAGGCUUCUCAAGGAUAAAGGAAUGUAUGGGUGCUUGCCUAACCUCUACGGAAGCGUAGAGAAUCUGCAUGUCACCUAUAUUCAGUGGAAGGAAAUAAUUUUAGAACCCAAGUCUUCUGUUAGAAUUUCUUCAGUUCCUCUUCCUUUAUUGCUUAACGAUGUUACAACUCUUUAUAAAUGUUCUUCCAAUUGCUUUUAUACUACCGACGUUCAUAACAGUGUAAUCUGCCCAAAUUGUGGGAGAUAUAUGUCAAGCAAGUUGAGUUAUGUUGCUCCGCCGGUAGUGAAGGGAGCUGAGGUUGCCAAAGGGGGUUUUCUGAAGGACACCGUAUACAUGGUGAUGGAUGACUUGGUGGUUAAGCCCAUGUCUGCCGUAUCUAGCAUUACCGGUCUUAACAAGUACUUUAAUGUCAAGGAUGUUAGUGUGCUGCAAGAGGAAGUUGUACAGUUUGGAAAGGAAGAGGCACUGAAGUUGUUGAAAGCAUCUUUUGAGUCGAAAGCAGUUCUGACAAGUGUUUUCCUGAGCCCCAUAAAAACAGAGAAAUAGCUAGUUCUUGAAAAUAUUAAUGGAAUUGGAUGUUUCAGUUUAUGAAGUUGCCUCUUAAUUGUUUACUUUUGUUUCAUUUCCCUCUAUCGUUGGUUUUGAUUUGUAGAUUCAGUUACGAUACAAACUUUUAUUUUAUCUUAUUUGAAAACGUUUUUGGUAUGUUAUCUUGGCAAUUUUGAAGUAUGAGAAAGCUAGC